ACAGAGUCGUCGAGUCUCAGAGUCGUCGUGCGUUGCGUUCUCUCUCGGGAGACAGACGGCAGAGAGAUGGAGCGACGCCGCUAGGUCAAGAGGGAGAGAGGGAAGGGUUCCCCGCCACCGCCGCAUCUGACGCCGCCGCCGACGGUCAACUGCAGUCCACCUCGGGCUGUUUCCCCAAAGGCAGCCAGGCAUCCCGGCUUUGCUGGCCGACGCCGGCGCUGCUCCCAUUGCUGGAUGGAGGACUUGCCCGAUGUCAUCCAAGGGUGACAGUGGUUGUUGAUAAGCAUACAUGUGACUCAAGUGCUAGGAGGCAGACUAACACACAAACCAGUGCUUGGGUUGCUUCAAAGGCAGUACAUCACCUUAGGAAGAAAACAUUUAUGGGCCCUAAGGAAUUGCAAGAAACUUUACAGGAUGAGCACAAGUGCAUAAUUCAUUAUGACACUAUCUGUAGAGGUAGGCAAAUUGCUUUGAGAGAAUUGUAUGGAAAAUGGGAAGAGAGCUUUCAGCUGCUAUUCAAUUGGAGGGCAGAGGUCCUGAAGAGAUGUCCAGGUAGUGUUGUUGAGAUUGGAAUUAAGGAGGUAGACAACAAGCUCUAUUUUCAUAGAUUUUUUUGUGCAUUAAAACCUUGCAUUGAAGGCUUUUUAGAAGGCUGCAGGCCAUACCUUAGCGUAGACUCCACUGCACUUAAUGGCAGAUGGAAUGGUCAUUUAGCUGCAGCUUGUGGUAUAGAUGGUCACAACUGGAUGUACCCGGUUGCUUUUGGCUUCAUUGAUAGUGAGACAACAGAUAACUGGACUUGGUUUAUGACUCAGUUGCAUAAGGCCAUAGGAGAUCUUCCUGUUUUAGCUAUUUCUUCAGAUGCAUGCAAAGGUCUAGAAAAUGCAGUUAAGAAUGUGUUUCCGCAGGCUGAACAUAGGGAAUGCUUUAGACAUCUAAUGAACAAUUUUAUUAAAAGGUUUGUUGGUGAUGUAUUCUCUAAGAUGUAUCCUGCAGCUAGAGCUUAUAGAGAAUCAGUUUUCAAUUAUUUUUACAAGUCAGUCACUGAUGCUUGUCCUGAUGUGUUGGUUUGGAUGGAGGCUCACCAUUAUAAACUUUGGAUGAGAUCUAGCUUCAAUCCUGAGAUUAAAUGUGAUUAUAUCACCAAUAACCUUGCUGAAGUGUUUAACAACUGGAUCAGGGACUGGAAAGAUCUUCCUGUUGUUGAGCUUGCAGACAAACUCAGAGAGAUGAUUAUGGUGUUAUGGGCAAAAAGGAGAAAAAUUUCAGAAAGGCUUACUGGGAAGAUCCUUCCAGCAGUUAUACAACAGUGUAAAGCUAGAACUAGAGGACUUGGGCACUUGACUGUUGUCGAUGGUGGCAGAGCUGCAGCUGAAAUUUGGGACACCACUAACACUCACAGUAGACAUGUUGUUAAGUCUGAUAUGCAUGAAUGCACCUGUCUUGAGUGGCAGCAUACUGGUAAGCCUUGCCAGCAUGCUUUGGCUUUGAUUACAAGUGUACCAUGGCCUAACGUAAAUAUGGAGGAUUUUGUGCACGAGUAUUACUCAGUUGACAGGUUCAAGUCGGCUUACAAGAGGCUUAUAGAGCCAUUGCCUGAUAGGUCACAGUGGCCAGAUGUUGAUUUGCCUGAUGUGAUUAAGGCACCACUUGACAAGAAGACUGCUGGUAGGUACAGAAAACUCAGGAUCAAAGGAUUCCUUGAAGGUGGUGGCAGCAAAGGAAAGAAGGCAGCCAAGGAAGCAGCAAAUGAGGCAGAUAAACAAGCUGCAAAUGAGGCAGAACAGGGCAAGAAGAAAAUGAUUAGAGGCAAAAGGAAGUGCAAGGGAUGUGGAGAAUUGGGCCAUGGUGAAACAAGCUACAAAUGCCAUCUUAAUGGGACUAAAAAAAGGAAAAGAAAGCCACGAAAAAAUACAACAAAGUAUGGUGAGAAUGCAAAAAUCCCAACAAAGAGAGCAAGGAAGGGAGAGAAAUCUCAGGCUACAGCUACUGCUGAAUCAACAGCUGCUUUCAAUGACCAAGAAAUGGCACCACCAUCCCCAAAUGUAUGCAAUGAAGAAGAAUUGGCUGCACCAGCCCCAAAUGCACUCUCCAGCCCGACAAGGCUCACAAGGGAACAAAUUAUACAAAACAGCCCCGUUAGGGUGACAAGAGGCCGGCUCCAAACCCUGCUAGGUGAAGGUGUUGAUCCCAUCCUUGUUGCCUCACCAAAGAAGACUGUGCAAAAGAGGAGCCCACCGAAGAAACUGAAGCCAAGGAGACUGAAAACCAAUUGAUCACAAAACUUAAAUGCUACCUAUGCUAUUGUGAUCGUGAAAUUGUAUCUGGACCUAUGUUAUUAUUUUUGAGACAUGUAUCUGGACCUAUGUUAUUGUAUUUGGACAACAAUCUAGACCAAUGUUUCUGGAAUGUUGGUGUGAUCAUGAAAUUGUGUCAAAAUUCUAUC